AUGCCGAACUGGGGUGGAGGCAACAAGUGCACGGCGUGCGGCGGGAUGGUGUACCAUGCAGAAGAGGUGCAGUGUGACGGCAAGAGCUUCCACAAGAGCUGCUUUCUCUGCAUGGUAUGCAGGAAAGGCCUGGAUAGUACCACGAUGGCCAUUCACGACCGAGAGAUCUACUGCACGUCGUGCUACGGCAAGAAGUACGGUCCAAAAGGCUACGGCUACGGCCAGGGUGCCGGCACGCUCAACAUGGACAAAGGGGAGCGACUGGGAAUCAAACCUGAGCAGUCGUCAUGUCACAGGCCCACCACUAACCCGAACCCGUCCAAAUUCGCCCAGAAGUUCGCAGGAUCGGAAAAAUGCGGUCGUUGUGGCGACUCCGUGUAUGCAGCGGAAAAGAUUAUGGGCGCGGGCAAGCCGUGGCAUAAGAACUGCUUCCGCUGUGCCAAAUGCGGCAAGAGCCUGGAGUCCACCACCCAGACGGACAACGAAGGAGAAAUCUAUUGCAAUGCUUGCUAUGCCAAGAACUUUGGCCCGAAAGGAUUCGGUUUUGGUCAAGGAGCAGGCGCUCUGGUCCACGCCGACUGA